UCACCCACGUUGUAAUUUACCCAUUCUUCGUCCGCCCAAUGGCCAGAUGUAGCGGCCCGCUACUAGCGGGCGAUUGGGUGAAGCUGCAGCGUUGGAGGAAAAGCCGGAGAUGCUACGCCUCCCUCACGGAAGUUAUUGUUAUGCUCGUUUUAGCUUCUCUCUUCCUCCCGCUAUCUCUAUCUCUCUCUCGACCAAAAACCGCUCCUCAUAUACCAAACCAUAACCCCUUCUCAAUCCUCCUAUCGAAUCGGACAAGGAAACGGACAUGGAAGGAGAAUGGCGAUCUUCCGAUUUCUUCAACAAGGACUCACGCUUUAUGGUACCUCACCCGCAUCGAUCAUCAAAUUUGGGGAUUCAUGAACCUUCUGAUUUCUAUCCCGGUACUUACUACACGGACUAUUUCAAAAACCUCUCAGGUUAUAAUUGUUUCGUUGACCUGAGAGAUGUGGAGAUCAAUGGUUACAGAAAUGCUGAAGAACUCUCACCUAUUCGCCCCAGCCUUCCUGAUCUUUAUAACCAGGAUGCUCUUUACAUCCUGUCUCAAAAGAAUGAUUAUUACUCGCAUAUGGUGUAUCUUCAGCUAAGCGAGCCUAGUGACCGAGAUGCUGAGAUAAUUCGAAGAGCAAUGUAUGGUUAUAGUACAGACCUCAUUCUUGUUAUGGAAAUCGUAUGUACUCGAUCUUCAUUAGAGCUGCUAUCAAUUAAGCAGGCAUAUAGGAUGACGUAUAUUUCCUUACUCGAGCAUGAUUUUGCAACAAGGGCAAAUGGUAGCUUGAAAGAGAUUCUUUCAGCCAUCCUGAAUUCAAGAAUUUAUGCUGGAGAAAGGUUCGAUACACGUAGGGCUAUGUGUGAUGCAAAGAUUCUCUAUGAAGCAGUCACAAGUUGUAAAUUCAUUGAUCAGAAAUCCAUCAUCUCUAUCUUGAGUAAGAGGAACGUUGACGAGAUGAGAGUAAUACUUUCCUCAUUCAAGCACCUAUUCGGCCAGGAAUUCAUUAAGUUCCUGAAGAAUAAUUACAAAUGCGAUGAAUUUGGAAUCCAACUCCGAGCUGUAAUCCGUUGCAUUCAGUCCCCAGAGAAGCAUUUCGCCAAGCAGCUACGCACGGCCAUGGAGACUGGGGAUGCCCCGGAAGUGCUUAUCAGAACGGUGGUUACACGCACUGGAAUCGACAUUAAAGAAAUUGAUGGUGCUUUUUCUGUGAAGACUGGAAUGUCGCUAGAGAGUCUUAUAAAGAAAGAGUUUAACUGCAGUUAUGAGAGUUCACUAGGGUGGGUUUGCGAUGGACUUAUUUCACUGCUGAAGAAUUCAAAAAGGAAAACUGUUGCUGUUACCAUUCUGGGGUUUCAUGAGACAUAGAAUUGCAAUAAAAAUAUAAAAUAAAGUAUACAUU